UUCAGCAGUCAAUAUGGGAAUCGGUAGGUUCAUGGAAGACCACACGGAUAAAACGGAAUAAAACCGCUCCCAAGACUAUUUUCAAAAAGGGACGAGCAUAAAAUUCAAAGGCCCGUUUAAAAGGAUUCUUCUGGUUUAGGCUGUUUGCUUAGAAAACAAAGUCAAGCCCUAAGAGGAGGGGCCAGAUAAAGAGGUAAACAGGGGGAGAAGCAGCGAGGAGCGAGAGUAAGGGAGACAGGUGGCCGAGGGGAGGAGGAGGGGAGCUGUCCUGAGCGCUCGCACCGGUGGCCGCACGGCUGAGCGCGGGACGCAAGCGGCCGGGAAGGCGGGCGCGUCCAGAUUGCUGGGAUCACCGCCCAGUAGCGCACAGGGGAAGACUCGGACCGGAAAAGGGCAUGCGAUGGGAACGGACUGAUUCUACAGUUUCCCUUUCUCCUCAAAUAACUCACCAAGGAAAUCACACUGAGAAGACGGGGGGAAAGGAAAGGAAAUGGGAAAGAGCUUCCGGGAGCCGCCAGCGCCGCCUCGGGACACACUCCCGCACCUCGGACUCCUGCCCCAGAUGGCCCACAGCCCAGGACCCAGGCCUCGUGAGGUCCACCUCGCCCGAACCCGCGCAGCGGCCUCUGCGCCUGCGCAGGGGCUGGCCUCCGCGUUCGCGCGCCACGCCCACCCCCGAGCUGCCCAGUACCUGGUAUGUAUCAAUUUUUAAAGCAACUGUAAAAGAUGACAUGCAAAAAUUUAAAACUGCGAUGAAAACUAUGGGACCAGCAAAACUUGAAGUACCUUCUCCAAAGGAUUUCCUGAAGAAACACUCAAAGGAAAAAAUUCUACCACCCAAAAAAAAGUUUGAAUGGAAUGAGCGCAGAAAGCCACCUGUGCCAUUGAGGACUGACCAUCCAGUCAUGGGAAUACAGAGUGAAAAAAAUUUUAUAAAUACAAAUGCAGCUGAUGUCAUUAUGGGAGUGGCUAAAAAGCCUAAACCAAUUUAUGUUGACAAAAGAACUGGAGACAAGCAUGAUCUUGAAACUUCAGGACUGGUUCCAAAGUACAUAAAUAAAAAGGAUUAUGGUGUCACACCUGAAUAUAUAUGUAAGCGAAAUGAGGAAGUAAAGAAAGCCCAAGAAGAAUACGAUAACUAUAUCCAGGAAAACCUCAGGAAAGCAGCUAUGAAAAGGCUAUCUGAUGAAGAAAGGGAAGCGGUUCUGCAGGACUCAGAAAAAAGUAAAUGCCCUUCUGGAUUUCAAAUCUGGUGUCACUGAGUGACUGCUCAGAACAACUCAGCACAUAGACUGAAUCACUCCUUCAAUAAAAAUUAAUAUUGGCACAAGUUCAAGAACUACCAACUGUCAGAAGAUUAGUAUAUUCUUUUGUUGGGGGAAACACAUUAAAUGAAACCGCCUACCCUGGCCAGGCACAAUUACCAUAUCUGUGAGUUAUUUUAUGACAGGAGGUCCUGGUGAGGAACAUGUAACUAACAAGCCACCACCAACUGGAAGAACUGGGGAAAUGUCAAAAGAAGACUCCAUGUCCUACCACCUCCCAGAAUUCUUGCUGGCAUCCACCUUGACUGAGCCAUGUGUGUGCCACCAAGGAAUGAUUACCCAGAGAAAACCCGGAAACUAAUCCCAUCACCAUAAAACCUGAGACUAUGUGCCACGUUGCAGAGCAGUUCUCCUGGGUUCCCUCACCCUCCUGCUCUCCACCCAGGUGCCCCUUCCCAAUAAGGUCUCUUGGUUUGUCAGCACAUGUGUGUCUUUGGACAAUUCAUUUCUAAGUGAUAGACAAGAGCCCAUUUUCAGGCCCGGGAAUCAGUUCCCCUUCCUGCAACACUUUCAGGACAAAAGCCUUUAGCCUGGUAGAGAAUUCAGGUAACCAUAAAUAUUUGCAUUUUCACCAUGGUAGUGAAACUAGACAAUUUCAGAAUUGAAAAUGGAGGAACCUCCAACUAAAAAGUGGAUCAAGAGAAGGACUGAAAAAUGCAAGUAUAUUUACUGGUUAUUAACUUUGCAAAGAUGUAGUCCUUAUCCUUAUAGCUUCUUCAAAGGAGUAUCAGAAAAUGGACAAUCUAAGCUAAAAUACCAUUUUUUGUGUGAAAAAUUCCAUUAUUUUAAUGAUUUUCUUUUUUUUUUUUUUUUACUGUAUCCACUCUCAUACCAGUUCCACCUUGUCCCUAGAUUAUAACUGUCCCUGAUUGGUCACCCUACACCCAUCUUAAAAAGGCAGUUACUGUGUCAUUUUCCCAUCAGAUAACAUUAUAAACAUUUGGUCACACACUGUCACAGCAUCUCAAAGUAACACCUUACAGUUUUAUAGCAUUUUUCAAAGGAUUCUCUCGCAUGUCACCUCACGUUAAUCUCAUCUUCACAUCCAGUAGAGCAAAAAAAAAAAAACAAAAAAACAAACUUCAUAUGCAGUAUUGUCCUUCUUACUGAUGAGAAAAUUGAGGCAUAUUGUUGGAUGUAAUUGGCUUAGCCUUAUUAUCUAACUUCAUAUGGAUUAUUACUAAAAAAAAUCAGAAUCGUUGUCUAAAGCCAUUGCAGUAGAUGCAUAACAGAAAUCUGAGAUUUAAAAAGAAUUUUUGCCUCUUGGUCCUCAUAUUAGGAUUAAGAAUAAAGUCAGGAUGGAUGAUGUUAUUCUUGGGUAUUGGUUUUGGCAAAUGCGAUUUGUGAUGUCAAAUGUAUACUGUAUUACAUUAAUGUAGUCCAAAGUAGAGAAGCAUAAUUAGAUCACCCAAAAUGUUAUCAAAAUAUACAAAGGUAAUAAAUAAAAUGAAUUCAAUUUUAACAAA